UUCGAGGAGGACAUGGUGAAGAUCUGUCUGAAGAUCCUGGAUGUCAGCAACCAGCACCUGCGCGACCCGGCUGGAGACGCUGCGGCCCGCCGGGACCCCGCCUACGUGGGCCGGGUGCUCGCCGCCAUGGUGAACCACAUGGAUGACUUCGGGGUUGUUGAGGGGCGCUGGGGGAGGAACUUUCUGGGCGGCUUCAUGCCGACUCACUGGAACGGCAGCCACGCCAUCCUCAGGCGCUGGUACGACUCCGGCUGCCAGCCGGUCAAAUACGGCCAGUGCUGGGUGUUCGCCGGGGUCCUGUGCUCAGUCCUCCGUCUGCUGGGGAUCCCCAGCCGGGUUAUCACCAACUUCAAGUCGGCCCACGACACCAACGGGAACCUGUCCAUCGACUCCUACUUCUCCGAGGAGGGAUUCAGAGAGCUGGAGUCCAGAGACAGCAUCUGGAACUUCCACGUGUGGGUGGAGGGGUGGAUGAAGCGACCGGACCUGGGGGCAGACGGAAAAUACGACGGCUGGCAGGUUCUGGACCCGACCCCGCAGGAGACCAGUGACGGGGUGUACUGCUGCGGUCCGGCUCCCGUGGCCGCCGUCCUGAACGGGGACACCCAUCUGGAGUACGACGUCCCCUUCGUGAAAAUGUAUUCGGACGCCUCGUUAAUCGGCCAGAACAUCUCGACCAAGUCUGUGGGCUCCAACAAGAGGCUGAACGUCACGGCGGCCUACAAGCACACGGAGGGGACAGAAAACGAGCGGGCUGUGUUCAAAUAUGCUCUGGAGAAGCUGGAGAGCGAGCCAGUCGCAAAGAAACCGCAGCUGGUGCUGCUGUUUGAAGAGGUGUCCAAGCCCGUGAACGGCGAGGACGUGAGGCUAAAGUUGGUGGUGAGCGGGGACAACAUCCAUCCCAGGCUGCUGUCCAUCCAAAUCAGCGUCCAGGCCAUGACCUACAACGGAUCCCCGGCCGGGAACAUCCAGUCGGAGCGGGUGGAGGAAACUCUCCAUCCCGGAAAAGACGUUUCCAUCCCCAUCACCGUCCUGUACUCGGCUUACCAGGACCACAUGGUGCGGGGCGGGAGCAUGAACGUGUUCGCUGUGGUAACGGACCAGCAGAACCCGGACAGCGUAUACCUGGCCGACGACGUGGUCGUGCUGAAGAACCCGCCGAUCUCAGUAAAGGUUUUAGGCUCUGUCAGAUUGCACAGUGAGGUGAUGGCCGAGGUGGUUUUCAUGAAUCCGGUCAAUGAGACGCUUCAGGAUUGCUCCCUGACCCUGUCUGGAAGUGGCCUCCUCACAGACGAAGAGAUUAUCAAGCUCCAAAAUCUGCCAGCAAGCUCGAGGUUUAUAAUUAGGUUCUCCUUUGUUCCCUACAAGAGCGGGGAGAGGAGCCUCCUGGUGGACUUUGACUCUUCCUCCUUCAGAGACAUAAAAGCCAGCUGCACGGUUACCGUCGAGCCUUAA